AUGCGCGUGUGGGCCCCGCUGCUUGCUCCGCUCACGGCGGCCUACGUCGUGCAGACACCGCUACGGGACGACAACUUUGCUUGCUGCGGCGGCUGCUCGUCGAGCGUCCGGAGCGACCAAGUGCACUUGACGACGGGCGCGCGCGUCAUGCUCUGGGACACCAACGUCAAGGUGAACCCGCAGCCGCAGUGCCUUCUCACGUUCCCUUACGACCCGACGCGCGGCGAAUCGCCCGGGCCCCGCCGCGUGCGCAGUGGCACGCUUGUUGGGACGACAUUUCCGCUCAACCACGACGCCGAUGCGCGCUGCUGCUUGAACGGCGGCACAUGCACCUUAUCAGAAGACGACGCCCAGGGCAAGUGCAACUGCGUGCAGCCGUGGGGGUUCCGUGGCGACUUUUGCCAGCUCUCGGUGUACGACCUCGCGAGGAUCGCCAACACGGGGGUGUACCCGCGCACGGUGAAUGUGUCUGCCAUGCCGAUCGCGUUCCCGGAUCUGCGGCCGUUUUUGUACAACUUGUCCAUCCUGUCGUCCAUCACAAAUACGUUCUUGCCGACGACGCCGACGUCCGAUAUGGACGCGACGCUCGCUGCCUACCGCGCCGUGGCCUUCCAGCUCCUCAUUCUCGGCCUCCUCGGCGCCUCCGGGCUCUGUAUUCUCUUUGUUUUCAGCCACCUCGUGAACGCGUGCCUCAACUACUGCCGCUGCCGACAGCGUCCGUACUCGCUUUUUGAGAAGCUCGUGACGAUGCUCCUCAUGCUCGGCGCCGUUGUCGUCCUCGGCGGCAGCCUCGCACAGUCGUACGCCAAGUACCAGCUCCUCGUGCAGCUCUCGUCCAACAUGACGUUUCUCGUCGCCGACGCGCUGCCGGCCGACAUGCUCACGUUCUACUCCAACAUGAAUGCACCGUUGCGCGCGGCCAUCGAUGGCGUUCCCGGCGCCCGCAUCCCCGAGCUCCAAGCCGCGCUUCGGGAUCAAAUGGCCCUCUACACGUCGUUGAACCAGACCGACAUGCCGCAGAUCUUCGCGUCGACGACCGCGCCCUUGGCAGCGCUCGCGCUUCCAUUUCCAAUCGCAUCUUCGUACGGAGAGCCCGCGUGCGCGAGCAUGGUGAUCUACCGCACGUCCAGCAGCAUCAUGGGCGUCGGAGGCGCCACGGGCUGUUUUGGCUGCGACCAGUGCGUCGCCAUUCGCAAGACCAUUCAAAGCAUCCAGCUCGACUGGCUGCGCGGUGUCUCCGUGGUGCACUGGAUACUGUACGCGAGCCAUGCCAACCUGAUCACGUUUGCCGAGCUGCCGCUGCUCCCGGCGCUCGUCGACCUCUCCGUCUCGCUCAAUCACACGCUGGCCGACGUCCAGCGCGUCAAUACCCACCAAGCGCGCAUGCUGGCCACCCUCACAAACGAGCUCAAAAUGCUCAUUCAGCCGGGCGUCUUUAUCGUCUAUGGGCUCUCGAGUCUCGUCGCCCUGCUCGCAUGCGCGGCGGCUACGCGCGGCUUUUGGCGUCGGAAAGGCCGUCUCGGGAAGCUCGCGAGCUACACGGCACAGCUCGCGACCCUUGUCGCGUGUGCGAUGACUGGGAUUCUGUGGACCGUCUCCUUCUGCGCGCGCGAUGGUCUUGCCUACCUCGAUCGCAUCGAAGCCAACAUGUCGGAGCUUUUUCUUAACACCUCGUCUCGCGAUGAUGCCAUCAACCUCCUACAGGAUCGGUCGUGGGUCGCAAACCGGUCGUUGCUUUCGCUCUUGGAGUGCGCAGACGUCGUCAAGGUGCCGCCCCUGCCGACGCCCGACACGGGCCUGGCCCCGCCGCCACGGUACAAUAUGACGCAUCUGUUUCUAUUCCCCGACUUUUCCGCGCUGGCGACGCUGUUUAAUAGCUCGGACCCGAGUCGCGUCACCUCGCUCUUUGGGUGGGACGAGAGCUACGUCACGCUCGCCCACCGCGCCUUGCACGUCCUUUUGUUUGGCAACACGACCGUGCCGUCCCCGUACGCGUCAUCGAACGACACGCGCGUCACCACCUUCACGACCGACCCGACCCGCGACGGAGUCUUCAACGCCUCGGACGUCCAGCUCAUGGCGUCGCUCUACGCCCAAAACUGGUCGACGCUGACGUACAACGAGUCCCUGCGCCAAAAUACGUUCUUACUCCAGCAGUGGACGUGGUGCAGCGAGCUCGAGGUCGCGCGGGGCCGGCUCGUCGCCUACAUGGACAGCGUCGCCGCCGUCGCGCUGCAGGCGCGCCCGCACUUGGCGGCGAUGCAAGCCAACACGAGCGCCCUCGCGACGCUGCAGUACCCUUUCCAGUCCUCGGUGAGCUUUUACACAUCGACGCUGCAAACGUUGAAGCUCGCCGACUGUUCGUACGCCGGCAACUGCGCGUGGAUGCGUCAGCGCUGGAACGAGCUCCAUAUCGAGCUCCACGCGCUCGGCGCCGCCGCCGACGAGAUGACACUGCUCUUUGCGAUUGCGACGUUGGCGCUCUGGACCGCGUCGGUCUUUGCCUACUGCUUUGGCGUGCGCGUGCACAAGCCCAAGGUCCGCGUGUACGUCGCUGCGUAGAUACGACAAGCAAAGCUCUUCCACCACG